AUGGCUUUUCCUCAGAAGGAUCCACAAUCCUCACCUGAUCAACUUCCUCAGACCCACAGUGAGACCCAGGGCCUGGCGGUUGCACAGGAGUCCAAGGCUCUGGAGGAGGCCUGUCUCUCCUCCCAUCCUGAAAUGCCUGGCAUUCUGAAGGAGGCUCCUGAUGAUGCUAUCCCCAGUACCUCUCAGAGCGCUCAGAGUUCCUCCUCCUCAAUUGUCGCCUCAUCAAGAAAAUAUGGUGAGGGCUCCAGUAGCGAAGAGGAGGAGGAUAGCACCUUAGAGGCAGAUCCAGACCCCAAGAAUGUGCCCAUAGAUGCUGAAGAUGAAAAUGUGGCUUCAUUGGUGAAUUUCCUCCUGCUCAAGUAUCAAACGAAAGAGAUAAUAACCAAAGAAGAUAUGUUGCAGAUUAUCAGCCAAGAAUAUAAAGACCACUUCGCUGAGAUGUUCCUGAGAGCAUCUGAACGCCUGGAGAUAAUCUUUGGCCUUGAUGUGAAGGAAGUGGAUCCCACCAACCACUGCUAUGCCAUCUGCGUCAAACUGGGCCUCACCUAUGAUGGGAUGCAGCAUGGUAAAGUUGGUGUGCCUAAGACUGGCAUCCUGAUUCUUAUCCUGGCUGUGAUCUUCAUGAAGGGCAACCGUGCCACUGAAGAAGACAUCUGGGAUGUUCUGAAGGUGACAGGGGUAUAUUCUGGGAGGAAGCACCACAUCUUUGGAGAGCCCAGGAAGCUCAUCACAAAAUAUUUUGUGAAGGAAGAAUAUCUGAAGUACCAGCAGGUGCCUAACAGUGAUCCUGCACAAUUUGAAUUUAUGUGGGGCCCAAGAGCCCAUGCUGAAACCACCAAGAUGCAAGUCCUAGAAUUCAUGGCCAAGGUUCAUGGGACUGACCCAAGUUCUUUCCCAUCUCAGUAUGAAGAUGCAUUGCAAGAUGAAAAAGACAGAGCCCAAGCCAGAAAUUAAGCGAGGAUUGUCUCGACUUCCGUGGCCACUGCCCGUUCUAUGGCCAAGCCUCACAGCUCCUGCCACACUUAG